AAUAUAAACAGCACUAUCUGGACCUGCAUUAUGUUCAUAUGGGAUUAAAACUACAGCAUGACUCCUCUAUAUAUGAAGAUCUGACAAAUCCUCCGAACCAACAUUCAGGAAACCAUACAUUUUUGUUUCUUAAACAAGACAAUCCGAUUUUAUCAGAGUAUAAACCCAUAGCAAUGAUGUUUAAUGCUGCUGAUUCCAAGAUGUACGGUUUACACCCAACGCCAGAAGGACAGAGCACAAUUUUGCCAGAUAAUUUGGAUGACACAAUGGAAGAAAAAAAUAAGAAACGUAAAAUCCCCAAACCGUCUUCCAACCAGCCUCCUCUCCCAGUCACUGCACGAAAAACAACAUCCAGCAGCAGAUCGUUCGGUGUUGGUGGUACGGUCACGCACUCCAGUCAGAGGACAAAGUAUCGCAGGGGAGUGCGAGACAAACCGAGGCCUCAGAGUCAGUCGGGUAAGAGUAACCAGUCUGCCCACAUCCAGCACUCAUUUCUCACAGACGUGUCUGAUGUUCAGGAGAUGGAGAAGGGGCUGCUCGGCCUUCUUAAUGACUUCCACUCUGGAAAAUUACAAGCCUUUGGCAAUGAGUGCUCCAUUGAUCAGAUGGAGCAUGUGAGAGAAAUGCAGGAAACACUGGCUCGUCUGCAUUUUGACCUGUAUGGAGAAGUGGAUGAGCUGCCAGAAGACCAGAGGAAGUCCGCUUAUGACACUAACAUGGAUAAACUGUUAUUAAAUCUGGAAGAGUUGAGCUCCUCAAUACAAAAGCUUAACCUUGCUGACAGUCAAGAAGUCCCCAGAACUUCCAGCAUAUAAACUGCAAAAGCUCUACCAUGGAGAAUACUGCGUGCAUAUUUAGGACAGAAAAGCUGUGGAGAAACACCAGUAUUACAGUCAUAUCGGUGACACUGUGGAUCUUAAACUUUUAGAAUUGGUCAGCUUGGCUUAUUUGCAGUCUAUAGUUUUAUAGAUAUGAUAUCAAAGAACAAAUCCAUACAGUUGUGGUGAAAUGCUCACUUGUCCUUCUCAUCACAUCAUAUGUUACCACAAGAAAUAUAUGUUCAUAAGGUAAUGUUCGAUAACAUUGUGACUUCUAAUCAAAUCUUAUGUCUUAAAUGUUGCCUUGGAGUUGUACAAUAGCAGCACCUUUGCAUUUUCACUAAUUCACUUUAACAAGGAACUGAUGGGCUCUGUUUGUGUUUAUUUAUGUCCUGUCUUAAGGGAAUGAAUAAAAAGAAAAUGGCAGGUUAUUUUCAUCCAAGAUGUCUGUUUCCUGAUACUGCAGAAUGAAAGUAAAAUAACAUGGUAUAUUUUAGGUUAUAGUCAUAUUUACAUAUUUUAUUUUAAAUUGAAAUGUUGGAAAUGUAAAGUGUAACAUAGGCUACUGGCUGAUUGUUGAUUAAACCUUUUAUUCAUGCUUCUGUCAAUAAAGUUCAAGUUGUAUUA